CUUUCUGGUUUGGCUAGGUUUUUUGCUAUUUAAUUUUUUAAAACCCUAGUGCAUGAGAUAAAUAAGGAAAUACCCCUAUUUUAUUCUUCCCUUUUCUUCUCUUCAGGCGCCCCCUUCCCCAACUUUUUCUCUCAAUUUUUUCUGUCUCUUUCUUCAAGCUGUGAAAAUCUUACACAUUUGUACAUUACAGAACGCCAAACCAACGAACAUUGGUUGGUCUUUCCUUCCAUUCCUCACAUCCCAUUUUCCCACAAACUUUCUCUGCAGCUUGCCUCUGAGUUUUUUUUUUCCCCCGGAAAGUUUCAAGCUUCAGAAGAAUUUUCAUUUUCCCAGAUAAGUUUCCUCUCCAUAUUCUCUGAUUCUUUCUGAACAGAUAAGAGCAUCAAGAAUUUCUGUUUUGGAAAAAAGGGGUAUCUGUUAGCUGUGUUGAAGUGGUGCUUUUUUUUUUAAUCUUUAUUUGAAUUGGGGUUUGUUAAUUCUUGGAUAAGUAGUAGCAAAUACUGAUUUGGAGUGGAAUGCUGGUUUUGUUUGUGUUUUGAGCUUAUGGUGUGGAUUUGAAAAUCUUAAUAACCCUCUCUUUGGAAAACCGAAACCGACUGAAACCGAAAUACACCGAAACCGAUUGAUUUCCAGCCAUUUCGGUUGAGAAUUUCACAAACCGAAAUAUUCGGUUUCGGUUGGCCAUACCCAUUCAAACCGACCGAAACCAAACCGAGCACACCCCUGUCACACACCUUGCUCACCACCACCAAGCUGUUUCAGCAAAACCCAAAUUGAACACACACACAUAGCGAGAGAGAGUGAUGGAUAAAGUGAGGAUAGAAGAGGUCCAGUCCACUACAAAGAAGCAGCGCAUCGCUACUCACACUCACAUCAAAGGUCUUGGCCUUGAGGCCAGUGGAAGAGCAUUGCCCUUGGCUGCUGGGUUUGUGGGUCAGGCAGAGGCAAGGGAAGCAUCUGGUCUUGUAGUUGAUAUGAUACGGCAGAAGAAAAUGGCUGGGCGGGCACUUCUACUGGCUGGGCCUCCUGGUACAGGAAAGACAGCUCUGGCUCUUGGAAUAGCACAGGAACUUGGGAGCAAGGUUCCAUUCUGCCCAAUGGUUGGGUCAGAAGUGUACUCAUCAGAAGUAAAGAAAACUGAGGUUUUGAUGGAAAACUUUCGACGGGCCAUUGGUCUACGUAUCAAGGAAAAUAAAGAAGUCUAUGAAGGAGAGGUUACUGAACUUUCCCCGGAAGAAGCUGAGAGUGUGACAGGUGGCUAUGGUAAAAGUAUUAGCCAUGUGAUCAUUGGAUUAAAAACUGUGAAAGGAACCAAGCAACUGAAGUUGGACCCAACCAUUUAUGAUGCCUUGAUCAAGGAGAAGGUGGCUGUUGGUGAUGUUAUAUAUAUUGAAGCAAAUAGCGGAGCAGUAAAGAGGGUGGGCAGAAGUGACGCUUUCGCUACAGAAUUUGACCUUGAAGCAGAAGAGUAUGUUCCACUUCCUAAAGGAGAGGUUCACAAAAAGAAGGAGAUAGUUCAGGAUGUAACACUACAUGAUCUGGAUGCUGCAAAUGCACGGCCUCAAGGUGGGCAAGAUAUACUGUCCCUAAUGGGGCAGAUGAUGAAGCCUAGGAAAACAGAAAUCACUGACAAGUUAAGACAAGAAAUUAAUAAGGUUGUUAACCGGUACAUUGAUGAAGGUGUAGCAGAACUUGUCCCUGGAGUUCUAUUCAUUGAUGAGGUACAUAUGCUGGAUAUGGAAUGCUUUUCAUACUUGAAUCGUGCUUUAGAGAGCUCACUGUCUCCAAUAGUAAUCUUUGCCACAAACAGAGGGUUUUGCAAUGUGAGAGGGACUGAUAUGAACUGUCCUCAUGGCAUACCUGUCGACUUGUUGGACCGGUUGGUUAUUAUCCGAACACAGACUUAUGAUGUUGCUGACAUGAUAAAGAUUUUGGCUCUCCGUGCAAAUGUGGAGGACCUAGUAAUAGAUGAUGAAAGUUUGGCUUACCUGGGUGACAUUGGUCUACAAGCAUCCUUAAGGCAUGCAGUUCAGCUGUUAUCGCCCUCCAGUAUUAUGGCAAAAAUGAAUGGCCGCGACAAUAUCUGCAAGGCGGAUAUUGAGGAAGUGAAAGCUCUCUAUAUGGAUGCAAAGUCUUCAGCAAGACUUCUUCAAGCGCAGCAGGAAAAAUACAUUUCAUGAAAAUUCUAAACAAUUUUUCCUGAAUGUCAAAGGUAGUCUGAAUUUGGAAGUAGGCAUUAUUUAGGUUCGGUUAGCUUCUCUGUCGUGGGUUUUGAAAGAGCAGGAGGUUUUGGUCAAAGACUUUGGCUUCGUUGAUAAUUAAUGUGUGUAAAGGCGAAAUGUUUCAGAAGUGUUCCAAGCUACGGGAAAUUUGUAUGUCACAUGAGUAGUGUCAUGGUUAUGCUGUCAGCAGCGAUGCAAGUGGUGAAACUCUAGUUGUUGCACCAUUCUGUUAAUGAAUGCAUCGGUGUAUGGAACUAAGCUUUCAAAUACACUUCAUAUUUACCCUGGAAAAUUACUAACCCAGUUAUGUGAUGAUCACUAAUUCUUAACUUUAUUUAACAAUUUUUAUGCGAAUCUGUGUGAGCUUUAUUUACAGCAUGGAA